GCAUCGCCGCCAACCAACCACUUGAACAACCAACAACAACCGCUGGCUGGGACGACGGCGACGACGACGAUAUCACCUUUCCGGACAGGUGUCACCGACAAAAGCGAACACAAACGGAUCUCCCUCCUCCGGGCAACUGAGUUUGAACUCGUAAUUUGCCUGCCAAGACGUGCCCGAGCAAAACAAAGAAACAGAAAAGGGAGAAAAAUCAGUUCAGCAAAAAGUCAAGAAGCUAUUAUGGGGUUGUGAAACUGAAGCUGCAAAAGCUCCGAGGAAAGUAGUGGUGAGUUCUGGGGUUUAAGUGCGCAGAUCCCCCGGAUGAAGACGGUGUUUAGAGUCCUGCGGGGGUGCGGUGGUGGUGAGGGGUAAAAGGUGCAAAAAGUAUUGUGUGCUUCCGCUGAUGUUCCACGAAGUCCCGAACUGUUAUUGUUGGAGUGCGAGGGGGGGCUUUUGUUUCCACUAGCAGUCAGUGGUGGAGAAAUCGAAUCAUUUGGGUUCGGUGUAUCGUGUUUCGACUCGGGGAGACGUGAAGCGCGGAGAGACGGCAGGCGUGUUACGAUUGCUGAUUAAAUUUAAGAACUUUUCUUCAACUGGCGGCGGCUUCGCCCGAGAUAAUGCACCGUAGCUGAGCAGAGCACUCGACCCGCAGCAGCCCAAUCCAAACGCAAACCAUAGAAAAAUCAAGAGAAUGACGACAGCAUCAUCCACCGGUGAACCGCGAGGACGACGCCGACGAGCAGCAGCCCCACACCAGCGGGCUGCUGGCAGCAUCGGCAACAACAGCAGCAGCAGCAAUAGCAGCAGGGGCCCUGACAGGACACACCUCGCGAGCAGAGGCAAGAGCAGAAGCACCUUCACAGCGGCCAUGUCAAAGAGGAGGAAAAUUGUUUACGGCUGGUUUAAUUUCAUCUUCUUAUGCUGGAUAAUGCUCACCGAACAGUUCGUUAGCGUGCUUAGCCUUAAGGAUUUGAAAAUCUUCGUUCCGGAUGCAGUCAUCAUGGGAAAUGCAGCAACACUGACGUGCCAAUUCGAGCUGGAAAAGGCAUCCCUCUACUCGGUGCGGUGGUACUUCGAGGGAGAGGAAUUCUACCGGUACGUGCCGAAGGAGUCGCCCCCGGCAAGGACGUUCCCAGUUUCCGGCAUCACAGUCGACGAAACCCAGUCGGACUCGCAGUCGGUAACUCUGCGUGGUGUAACCCGUGACCUAACCGGGCAGUUCCAGUGCGAAGUGUCCGAGGAUGCACCACUUUUCCACACCGACAUUCGACUCGCCCGGAUGCAGGUGGUGGAACUGCCCAAAGAAGACCCCCAGAUGCAGCUGGAAAAAACUCACAUCACGACCGGCGAUAGCUUUCGGGCCAUAUGCACGGUGGGUACGUCCUUCCCGUCGGCCAACAUCACCUGGUACAUCAAUUCUAAGAAGAUCCACCGUUCCCCCUACCAACGAAUUACGUACCGUUCGUACGAGGGAACUCCGACGUUCUCCUCGUUGGACAUGUACCCGCACAGCCAAGUGCUGCAGGACAUCUACCAGUCGAUGCCCCCGAUGCAGACGAGCCUGGCGAUCAUGUGCGAAAUCUCGAUCCUGCACAUCUACACCAAAAGUGUCCACAAGAUGCUCAUCGUGAGCGAUCUGGUGACGACGGUUUCACCUUCGCUGUUGGGUCUGGACGGGUCGCACAACCGACGAAACGGUGACCCGGACAACUCGGCGCUGACGGUAAGUGCUGCCACGGUGGGCAGCGGUGCCGCCCUUUGGUGGGUUCUGGCGGUGGCCGUAGUGUACCAGCGCUGGGCGAAUUCUGAGCGGGGCUUGUGAUGGGAUACGGAGGCGGUGUAAAUAGGUUUAGGAAACGUUGAGCUGUUGAACAGAAUUGGAUCCGGUUGAUAGGAAUGGUGACGCGGUCGAAAGCAAACACACACACAGAUACUUAGGAGCGAGUCGCGGCACUUGGAAAUAUUAUAUUUAUACAAAACGGUAUAUAGGAAUAAAAUAGGAUACAGGCAAGGACGGGGAGAGAACCUGUUGAAGUGUACAUGUAAUAUAUAUAUGUAUUUGAGCUUUUUUACCAAGGCGGACUAUUACGGUUGCUUUAAGGAUGUAACGGUUGGGCAUACUAAGAAGGAUACAGCGGGAAGUAGUUUACAAUGUU